CGGGAAUGCAGAGGCUGACAUGGCGGCGCCCGUCGUCCCGGAGACUGACAGCAUCCGCAGGGCCGUGUCGCUGCUCAACGCUGUGGACCCGGGGCGGUUCCCUCGGCUCCUCUCCCGCGUGCUGCAGAAGCUGCACCUGAAGACUGAAAGUAGCUUCAGUGAAGAGGAGGAAGAAAAGCUUCAGAUAGCUUUUUCGUUGGAAAAGCAGGAUCUUCAUCUAGUUCUUGAAACGAUAUCAUUCAUUUUGGAACAGGCUGUCUAUCAUAAUUUGAGGCCAGCUUCAUUACAACAACAGCUGCAAAACAUUCACCUGGAUCAAGACAAAGCUGAAGCAUUUGCCAGUGCAUGGGCAACUGCAGGUCAAGAUACAAUUGAAAAAUUCAGGCAGAGGGUUUUGACCCCUCAGAAGCUUGAAACAAUUGGAUGGCAGCUUAAUCUUCAGAUGGCAGAGUCCAUGCAAGCAAAGAUGAAGUCUCCUCAAGCAGUGCUAGAGCUGGGAGUGAGCAAUGAAGAUUCAAAGACCCAUGCUUCAAAAUAUUUCACAUCUUUAAGAGCAUUUUCCUGUAGCUGGCUUCCAAGUAAAGGAUAUCUUCAGAACUUGUUGGAAGAGCUCUUUUCAGUUUGUCUGCAUUUGAAGUAUCGCAACUGAAAUUGGACACAGCUGAUGCCUGCCUUCUACAAAGAAGCCCUCAAAACAACGAAUCUCCAUGUGUCUUGUGUACACUCCUGUUAAUGUUCUAGAGAGGGCAGUAUCAUCCCACUGAUGAUUUAACUUGCAGUCGACAGUAGGUUCAGAAUCCUUUUCCACAUAUUCCAAGGGGUCACCAUUUGUGUGAACGUUUCAGGAUUAAAUUUCUUUCAGUACUGCUGAGGAAAGCAUGGUGGCAUGAUUCCUUUGUUGGUGAUGGUUUUGUUUUUUGUUUCCUCAAAACCUGGAACGUUUUUCAUCCUUUAGCAAAGGAAAGGGAGAGGGAAACCAUCUACAUUUGAAAUGCUUGAUAGCAGAAUUCCAAGAGGCUGAUCAUUUCUUUGUUUUUCUUUCUGUUUCCUCUCUUCU